UUGAAGUAACAAUCAACAUUGCAGAACCAUGUAUCGUGCUGUGCUCCGACUCUGUAGGAAACAACUAUUGGAAAAGUCCAUCCAAGGCUGGCAUAAAGAAUGUCGUGUACUUGGGUUGUCCGUUGAUUCUAAUUUGAAAAGAUGUACAAGCAGCACAGCAACAGCAACAGCAACAGCACCAUCACCGUCACCAUCAAUGUCCAGUUAUGAGAGUCUGGUUGAAAGACGACUAUUUCUGAAGGCAGCGUACGCAAGAUCGGCAGAUGCCAAGGUCGCCGCUGUGACGACAGUUGACGGCGGCAGAAAUGUUGAAAUCAAAUGGGACGACGGUAGCGUAUCAAGAUAUCACAGUAUGUGGCUGCGUCAAUCUUGUCACUGUCCAUCCUGCCGCCUAUCCACCAACCAGCCCAUAGUGAACUUCAAGGACGUUGAUGUCGACGCCACUGUGUCAGAUGCCCGGCUUGACGGUGACAAGGUUCUCAAGGUAAUCUGGAGUGAUGACAAGAACCACACGGGGUUAUUUCCCGUUCCUUUUCUGAAGCACUACAGCUACAGUGACAAAUCACUGGCAGAAAUAAAACAUCAGCGCAAGAUGGUCUUCAAUUCUGAGGCUCGGAUUCCUGAGGUAGCGUACAGUGACGUUAUGGGCAGUGACACCGGCCUAUUCCAAUGGCUAGACAAGCUCGAUAAGUAUGGAAUAGUUCUGAUGAAAGGUGUACCAACGCAAUCCAUGACAAUUAGAAAGGUGGUAGAGAAAAUUGCGCCUAUCCAAUCAACUGUGUACGGGGAGUUAUUUGAAGUGAAGGACACACCACAGCCUAUCAAUUUCGCCUACUCAACCGUGAGACUGGAGUUACACAUGGACCAGCCAAUGUACGAGUCUCCCCCAGGGCUGCAGUUCCUGCACUGCCUAAGAUUUGACAAAGAAGUGAAGGGAGGGGGUAACUUCUUCGUGGACGUGUUCCAUGUGGCUCACAUUCUUAGAGAGCAGUACCCAAAAGAGUUCCAGGACCUUGUACGGAUACCUGUCAACUGGGAAACGGUCCACUAUGACAGGGACGUCCCUGUUCACAUGUCUUACCAAAGACCGCACAUAACCCUCAACAGUGACGGAGAGAUUGUUGGCGUAUCAUGGCAUCCAGGUCUUGUUGGACCUCUGCUAACAAAAGAGGAGGACGUGGAACCAUACUACAGAGCUUACAAAGUCAUGGCCACCAUGGUAAACACCUUCCCAUUGCAGUACCGACUCCGUAUGCAGGAAGGGGACAUGAUCUCAUUUAACAACAGACGUGUCCUCCACGGGCGGGAGAGUUUCAACCCAACUGAAGGCAUCAGACAUUAUCAGGGAUGUAAUCUUCAGAUUGACGAGUUCAAGAGUCAGGUACAGGUGUUUUCUAACAAGAUUGGUGAUGGCAAAUUGGCAACGAGAGCGGGAAACUUGGACUUGCAAUAGCACAUGUCAAGUUACAAAACCCUGUAGAAGGUGCUUGAAACGUGAUGACCCACGCAUGACUGUGUAGCCAGGGUUGUGUUACAUAUAGUGAUCAUACAUAAUCCGUCGCACACAUCUGGCAUAUAUAUUAAUUCAAUUUCCAGUACAUUUACGGUACACCAAUCCAAUAAAGGAAAAGCAUUAUUGACUUUAAAUACAAAUAUGUGCCAGAUAUGGGAGCCAAAGUGUGUUUAUCAAGUAACAUGUUCUACCAUUGAUACACCAGCAUAAUAAUGAAAUCCUGAUGGAAUAAAGCUAAAAGAUCU